AUGCAAGAGCCCAACAAAUCCUUUGUGACUGAAUUCAUCCUUCUGGGCUUUCCCCUUGGCCCCGGGACCAUUCCUCUGCUCUUCUUGGUCUUUCUGAUGAUCUACCUGUUGAUUAUUCUGGGCAAUAGCUUGAUUACCAUCCUCAUCUGCCUGGACUCACACCUCCACACUCCUAUGUACUUCUUCAUCAGUAUGCUUUCCAUUUUGGAUCUGGGCUACACCACUACAACCAUGCCCCAGAUGUUGGCACAUCUGGCCAGUCGGAGGAAGACCAUCUCUUUUGCUAGCUGUGUGGCCCAAAUGUACAUUUUCUUGGUGCUAGGCAUCACUGAGUCCUGGCUCUUUGCCAUCAUGUCUAUAGACAGGUAUGUGGCCAUCUGCCACCCACUCAGAUACAAGGUCAUCAUGAGCCCAUGGCUCUGUGGGGUAAUGGUCAUUUUCUGUGGACUCUGGGGUGUCACUUCUGCCCUUGUUUAUACUUUCUUUGCCAUGCGUCUGCCCUACUGUGGCCCCAAUCAGAUCAACCACUUCUUCUGUGAAGUUCCUGCAGUCUUAAAACUGGCUUGUGCAGACACCUCAGUUAAUGACCAAGUUGACUUCAUUCUUGGUUUUAGUGUCAUCCUGAUCCCACUGUCCCUCAUCCUUAUAAUUUAUGUCAAUAUCUUCAUUGCCAUCUUGAAGAUCCGUUCAGCACAGGGGCGGCUAAAGGCCUUCUCCACCUGUGCCUCCCAUAUCACUGUGGUCACCAUGUUCUGUGUGCCAGCCAUGGUCAUGUACAUGAGGCCUGGCACUAAGACCUCCUCAGAGGAUGACAAGAAGUUGGCUCUAUUCUACAAUGUCAUCUCUGCCUUCCUCAACCCCAUCAUCUAUAGCUUCCGGAACAAGGACGUGAAGAGGGCUUUCCUCAAGGUGACAGGCUGGGGCAGGGCCCCCGAAUAA